AUGCUAAUUGAAUAUCUUCAAGAUAAUAAUAGAUCUUGUAUAGUGAUGAACAUAGAGUUGAUUACUUCAUCAUCAUCAUCAUCAUCAUCAUCAUCAUCAUCAUCAUCAUCAUCAUCAUCAUCAUCAUCAUCAUCAUCAUCAUCAUCAUCAUCAUCAUCAUCAUCAUCAUCAUCAUCAUCAUCAUCAUCAUCAUCAUCAUCAUCAUCAUCAUCAUCAUCAUCAUCAUCAUCAUCAUCAUCAUCAUCAUCAUCAUCAUCAUCAUCAUCAUCAUCAUCAUCAUCAUCAUCAUCAUCAUCAUCAUCAUCAUCAUCAUCAUCAUCAUCAUCAUCAUCAUCAUCUUAG